UAUUUUUCUCUCUCCACCUCUCAUAUAAAGGGAUCUCUACUUAAAAUCCUCUUCCCAUCGUCUUCUUCAUCUUCAGAUGAUAAAAAACCCUUACUUUCCUACAAUUUCUCGAACCCAGAAUUAUAAAUAAAUAAAUUAUAAAUUAAAUUGUGGUUAUUUGGUGCUAAUUUUGUGAAUCUUAUAAUUAUGUCUUACAAUGAAGAUUAUGGUCGACAGGAUUCGGCAUUUACUCAAAGUUAUCGGUGCUACCCUGCUUCUUUUAUUGAGAAGCCACAACUGGAGAAGGGCGAUAAGAUCAUAAUGCCUCCAUCAGCUCUAGAUAGACUUGCAUCUCUGCAUAUCGAGUACCCAAUGUUGUUUGAGUUGAGGAAUCCAUCCGCUAGUCGUGUGACUCAUUGCGGGGUGCUGGAAUUUGUCGCUGAUGAAGGCCUUAUAUAUCUUCCAUACUGGAUGAUGGAGAACAUGCUCCUCCAGGAGGGAGACAUUGUGCAAGUUAAGAAUGCCAGCCUAUCAAAGGGUAGAUUUGUAAAACUCCAACCUCACACCAAAGACUUUCUAGAUAUAUCGAACCCCAAAGUCGUCUUGGAGACAACUUUGAGGAGCUUCUCUUGUUUAACCACAGGGGACACUAUCAUGGUUGCUUAUAACAACAAAAAGUUUUACAUUGAUGUAGUGGAAACCAAACCCUCUUCGGCUGUCAGUAUAAUUGAGACUGACUGUGAGGUUGACUUUGCACCACCUCUUGAUUAUAAAGAACCUGAGAAGCCAUCACGUUCAACUCCAACAAAGAAGUCAAGGCCAGAAGUAGCUGAAGAAGAGCCGGCUAAGAAAGUUGCCAAAUUUAACCCAUUUACGGGACCAGGGAGACGCUUGGAUGGGAAACCUUCAACAGCUGCUGAUGAAGCAACUGUUGGUCCAUCAGUCUCUACUUCUACUCUGUGCAAAGAGAAUGAAACACCAUCCAGCUCAAAUGGUGCUAAUAAAAGUUGCGGGAAGCUUGUUUUUGGGUCAAAUUCAGACCAAUCUUCAAAUGGGAAACCAAAAGGCAAUCAGACAGUGAAAAACAAAGAGCCACCUGUAAAAGAAGGAGAAGAAGAAGAAGAAACAAAGUUCCAAGCAUUCACCGGGAAGAAAUAUUCACUGAAAAACUGAGCGUAUGAAGUCCUAUUUACCGACUGCUGGACUGGACCUCUUUUGUUAUCAUCUGGCCAGAACGCUAAAUUCAACGAAAUUAUUAUUAACCAAUCAUUUACAUAUUGUAGGUUUAUGAUCACGUUUGGUUGAUGACUAUGUAAAAAAUUUCAUGCAUCAAUGUAUGAUUGCAAGUUAAAGCCAGUGUAUGUUUCUAUGUACGUCAUAUAUAUGAUUGCAAGUUAAA